AUGAGUGUAUUAGAGGGUCAUUCACAUCCUCCUAGAGAUCAUGAAAUUAGACGUCCUCAAAAAGCCACUCAUGUCGAAUCUUCAUCAAAUACUCAUUAUUCAUCUAGUUCUAUAAGUUCUAGAUCAAGAUUUGAAGAAGAUAAUUUUCGAAAUUUUUGUAUGAAGAUUGACUUACCAUGUUUCAAUGGUCAUUUGAAGAUUGAAGACUUCUUAGAUUGAUUAGUUGAAGUAGAACGACUUUUUAAGUAUAUGAAAAUUUCUAAUGAAAAAUUAUAAACUACUAACUUAUAAACUAAAGGGUAGAGCCUCUUCAUGGUGGGAUUAAUUACAAACCACACAUAUGAGGUCAGACAAAGAACCUGUACGAUCAUAGGAGAAAAUGAAAAAACUCUUGAAAUCUCAUUUUCUUCUCCCAUAUUAUGAACAAAUUUUAUAUCAACAAUAUCAAAACUGCAGAUAAGAGAAUAGAUCACUUUCUGAUUAUGUUAAAGAAUUUUAUCAUCUAUCUUCUCGAAUCUACUUGAUAGAAUCCGAGUCAUAUAUGAUUUCAAGAUUUAAAGGUGGGCUCAGAUGGAAAAUUGAAGAUAAAGUAGCUUUACAAUCAUUUUUCAAGUUUAAUGACAUCAUAAUGGCUGUAGAGCGUGUUGAAGCCUUAUUAGAGAAAGGAAAAACCAGAAUUCAAAAUUUUGGAAGUUAG